AUUUUAAAAUAAUAUAUAAUGUUUAAAAUUAUCGCUCCCAUUUUCUUCGCAACAUUUUUGCUAAAGAGUAAUGCUGAAAAAUUAUUUGGCAAAGAUUUUGAGAAUGCUGCUGUUAUAUUACAUACAGCUUUGAAUAAGAUUAAUGAAAACGGAGAAGAACUCUAUACUUCACGCGGCAUAGAUGCAAUUUACAAAUUCAUACCCAAUGAAAUUUACACUUAUGAAGCCUCGGUGAGGGAUUCUAACGAUAAUCAAAAGAGUUGCCAGAUAACGAUAUCGUUCAGUUAUAGUGAUGCAAAUGCUCUGAUGACUAUAAAAUGUGAAGGUGAAACUGAAUUCACUAGAAAAAUCGUUAAUGAGAAGCCUGUUGUUCCUGAUUCAUAAGAAAUGUAAAAUAUAUAGAUAAAACAU